UGCGUCAGCCGUCAGCCAUUUGUUACCUGUUACAAAAUGCAAAUGUUAAUGUCACUUGUAUCUUUGAAUAUAAAUAUUUAAUAUAAAUUAUUAAACUCAUUAUUUAGAAACAACGUCAAUUAAGUACUCUUUUAUGUAUUUAUAUUAUGUUUAUUACAUAGCUUCUGUUGAAAUUUGGAUUUAGCUUUUAGAUAUAGGGGGUUUUUUAAUUUGUGCGUUUUUUUUUACAUCUCAUUAAAGAUACAGAUCUGGCAUUCAAAACAUAAUUUGACUAUUUAUUUAUAAAAAUAAGAUUUAUAAAAAAAUGUGAAAAGUUUCAUGUUUGUCUUAUAUGUAUUAAGUACUUUUAUUCAUAAUGUUGAAUUAUUAUAAAGUUAAAGUUGUAAAUCAUGUGCUAUCCAACCCUCGUCUCCAAACACUUUUCAAAUGUUGGUGUAGUUCAAAUAUACAUAGUAAAUAUUCGGAAGCUGAAAAACAAAAAGUCUUAGAGGUUAUAAACAAAUCAGAUUCUUUAACACUCUCCAAGUAUGAUGUCACAAAAGGUAGAUCAAAAAAUAUAUCUCAAUGGAUUAACACAUAUGGACCACUAAAGAAUAUUUGUGAGAUUGAAACUAUAGACGGGUUCACUGAAAAGCAUGUACAAAAAUUAUUUGAAAGUAUAAUACAUAAUAAGCUCAAACCUGAAAAAGAAACAAAUGCCCUACAGCUAAUCAAAGGACAAAUACUAAAUCCACCAUUAACAGAAGUGACACGGCAGGCUGCGAACACCAUAUUAACUGUGUAUGUUACAGUAAAUUCAGUAUCAUGGGCCCUAAUACAAAAGCACAAUUAUGAGGUAGCAGAUUGGCAGUAUCAUGGUAUUGAAUAUCCAGAUAAGAGAUUUCAGCUAGGUGAUAUAUUAGAAAUUGCCUGGAAUAUAACAAAUAUGCUGCCUACAGCAGAUCUAUAUGUAAUGAAAGCUGAGGCCACUAGCCUUAGAGCAUCUGGUAGUGAUCCUAAUAAUCCUAAAGUACUUGGUGUUAAUUUGCAAAAGGCACAAAUGGUGUCAAUGAUUGUUGCACUUAUAUCAACAAAAAAUCAGGAUUUGUUUCAAGAAGUUACCAAGAAAUCUGAAAAACCAAAAACAAAAUUUAAACAGAAUGUUUAUUUUUUACGAUCUUCACUACCGUUUCGGUUAUAUGGUACUCUUAUUGGUAACGAGAGAGUGACGUCAGACCAAACAGUAGAAAUGUUACUUCAAGACAACACAAUUAGAUCCUCUGAUAACUCCCAUGUGUUUGUCCCCGAAGACCUGAAAUCGUCGUUUAGGUCGCAACGAGACCUGCCCAAGGAUAUGAUGGGCCAAUGCCUAUUAUUUGCUUUAACAUUCAUGGACCUAUGUAUUUAUAAAAAUAAGGAUAAAAUUCAGAAAUUGUUAUCUAAGAAAGUUGAAUGAAAUAAAUUUUAAACUGUA